GUGUGGCUGCGCCGGUACUUUUGUCGAAAUUUACGAGAACGUGCUGUAGACAAAUUUUAAUUGCGUGUUUUUUAACAUACGAAUCGGUGUAAUUGCUAUUCGUGAUCAGUUUUUAAAAUUGUAUGAUUUUUAAAUUAGUUGUUUGUGUUAGUACUAAACGUUUUUAAGCAGUGCUGUGUGGUUAGUGUUGCAUCGCCGCCGGCCGCUCUUCAGCACAGAAUUUGAUCGACAAGGAAUGUUAUCCAGCAUCGGUCCUGUGCCGUUCUAAACAUUUCUAAAGUGACUUGAUUUAAUUUGAUCAGGAGUUGUAAUUUGAAGUUUGUGCGGUGGAAGUGUGUGAUUCUACACCGCGUGAUGGUAUCAUAUCGCAGUUCUUAGUAUUUUACUAAAGCGAUUAUUGAUUUGUUCUGUAUACACUGAAGAAGAAUCAAAUAGGGAAUCGAAACGCAGGAAGAUUAUUCCAGUUAUAGCAAGUGAGGCAAGGAGAGAAUAAUUCAAUAAGAAAUUACAAAUAUAUGGUCUACAUCACUAGCCACUCAUCGACGUGAUUAUUUACUAGAUAAAGAUUCUAAUCGAAAUCCUUUAAAUUGGUGGACGAUUCGACUUUUCAUGCCCGAACAUUGAAAUAAGGUGCAACAGCUGCCGCCGUGUUAUAUAUGAGAAUCAAUUAGAAUACUAGAACAAAAAAUUCCGGGAGAGUCUUCUGGAAAUAAAUGCAAUCUACGAGUCCACAACUUCGUCGAUCUUUAAGUUUCAUUUCUGACGCAUUAUAAUCGAGAUGGCGCAACUACUCCGUGCUCUUGUCUGGUGUGCCAUGGUGCUCCUGUCAUUCGCAUUCGGUGAAGACGACUGGGCACAGUGUUCAAUUUGUCGUUGCAAAUGGAGAUCUGGCAAAAAAUUUGCAGACUGCUCUAACUCAAGUCUUACAGCUAUACCAUCAUUGAGUCCUGAAAUUCAAGUACUCGAAUUGUCCGGUAACCCAAUCGCAGAACUUUCAAGAGAAGUAUUUGAGAAUGCAAGAAUAAAUAAUUUACAUCACCUUCUUAUGCGCGAUUGCACUCUUCAAGAACUGCAUCAAGAUGCUCUAAAAGGUCUCUCCAUUCUUACGGAGCUGUAUUUGGAACAUAAUAAAAUACGUGUCCUUCAUUCCAGCACGUUUGUUACGAACGUUAAAAUUCGUAUAAUAUUUCUCAAUUAUAAUCUUAUUGAACGAAUAGAAGACGACACAUUUAAAGACUUGAAAUUUCUUCAGCGUGUUGAAAUCCGCGACAAUCGUUUGAAGAAAAUAGGAUCAAAUGCAUUUGUCAAUACCCCAGUUCUGAAAACCGUUGCUUUAGAUGGUAAUCAAUUGACCCACAUCAGGAUAGAAACGCUAGAUAAACUAGAUAAACUAGCUAGUUUAGAUCUAGAUAGGAAUCCUUGGACUUGUGAUUGCCGCAUGCGAUCUUUCAGAGAAUGGUUUAUUGACCGCAAUCUGUAUACCAGGCCAACUACAUGCGCAGAACCACCUCGUCUUCGUGGUCGUCUCUGGCCAUCUUUGGACCCGAAUCAAUUUGCAUGCAUCGUGAAAAUUUUAGAGCCACGACAAGGUACUUCGGCAGAUGUAGCUGUUGGCGGAUCUGUAACACUGCCAUGUCGCGCAAGUGGGGAGCCAUUGCCAGAAAUAAAAUGGAUCAGAGAUGGACGGGUGGUACUACCUAACCAUCAGUAUGGCGAGCGUUAUAAACUUAGUGAAGGUAUAGCAGAUGCAACAUCGAGAUGGCUCAAUCUAACCAUCACUGAAGCACGCGCUCAGGAUCGCGGCGAUUUUAGAUGCAGCGCUGCAAACGCGGCAGGAAUGGCGGAAGUCGACAUGCAGUUACUGGUCGCAGGUGGUGGACGCGGCGGAUUUGGUUCCUCUGGAUCUUCUGGAAAUUCUGUCGAUAGCGUCCUACUCAUUGCUACUUGCGUCGCAAUUGCCGUGCUUGCAUUAUUGGCACUUGGACUGCUGCUGGGCUGUUUUUUUUACAGAAGGAGGAACACGCGGGACUCUAAAUGCGAACCUUUAAAUAUGAAUGGCGACUCUGUAAUGCUUGAAGGCUCUGUAAUUCCUGAAAUGGAAAAGAGUUUAUUAAACACAUCCACCGUAUUCGUCAAGACACCGCGCCGAGAUAAUAUAAACGAUACGAAAACUACAGAAGUAACCGAAAUGAGCCGAACUUUGCUUGAUGGGGAUUCAGUCUUUGCUGGAAGUGCUGAUGAAGAGAGCCGUUCCUUGGACUUCACCGAGCCGACGCGAACUCAGCGAUCUCGAGAUUGUCUUGAUCCUGAAUAUGUUCGAGCCCAUGACGAUCGCACUCAUCGACCUGAUCUACUGCCCUCAUUCCCUGCACGUGCACCGCAAUUAUCGCCAGCUGGAAGCAGCACAGCCUCGGUUGGGCCUCAGUCUCCAUCUGGAUCUGCUUACCAGUAUCGAUUCCGCACACUGCCGCAUUCGCAUUCGCACUCGCGUUCUCAGUCUCCAUUCACUGGCACCGUGAUCAACGUCCCACCAAGGCAUGGAUAUGUGACGAUACCGAGACGUCCGUCCGGUCAAAAGUGGUCUGUCAGUUCGGCGCCGCCUCAGACUACACUCACGAAGGACGACUGCGAGCCGGUGUACGACAACUUAGGAUUACGAACUACAGCCGACGGCAGCUCCGUGCUGUCUUUGAAUAAGCUUGCGGCAAGUUCUCCGGCACCUCAUGCUGCCGGAACGAUGAGAAGUCGCCCACUGCCGCUGCCGCCACAUUAUACGCCUCUGGGCGAUGAGAAUAGAACGCAGCCUGAAGGCGCAUCCCUGGGACGCACGGACGAGAUGUCUGUAACUGUACUGCCGGGGAGAGAAACGCCAGCCCUGAGGCCAUCCGGUAAGGUCGGGCCCAAAGUUCCGCCGAAGCCUAGCAAGAUGAUCCUGAGAGCGGAAUCGACGCCACUCUACGAAGACGAAUGCGAAGAUGGAACGGAGGUCUAACAAGAAAACAUUGAGUAUUUUUAUAGUGUUGGGUGCCAUAGAAUGUACAUUGAGGACCAAAAUAGAUUAGAAAAUAAAACGAUGUACCUUUUUACGAAUUCGACAGUGUGCUAAGAGAGGUGACUAAAACUGGAUUAGGUUUUAAUUAAAAUUUAAGUAAAUUGUACUAUAUGUAGGUUAAUUGGAAUAUGGAAUACGAAGUGUACUAUGUUUGCAUAUGUGUUAAUAUGCGUAAGAAUAUAUAUGUAUAGUGCAUAAAUUUAGGAUAUAAUUGUCCAAUUAUGAAACUGACCACGCAAAAGACUUGCAAGGACUUGUAAUAAUAAUGAUGAAUAGUGCCUUUUUAAGUUAUAUUUUAUGUGUCUUCUUGUUCGCGUGAUUACAUGGGGUUGAGUGAAACGAUGUAGGAACAUUUGGCAGAAUUGAUAUGUGAAAGAAACUAUUUGGUGCUUGAAAAACUAAUCAUGCUUCCUGCUUUUACUUUCUCCCCCGCAUGCGAAUUAUCUUAUAUGUGGUGUAAAUAAAUUAAGAUAAUAUGGAGUUGUAAAUAUAUAUAUAAACCUACCUAUAUAUAUGAAAUCUAUUAAUGAAUCAUAACUGUGUACUUUAAUAAAAAUUACACACAGUCUAUAAUAUUUGCCAAAAAAUGCUUUUGACGAUUGAAACUGUAUUUUCUUACAACAUUCGUGAUUCAAAUCUACUAAUUAGGAAAUGUCAAUGUAGUAGGAAACUAAUUGUAAAAAAGAACAUGUGAUUGGAUUUAAUUUAUUGCAGCUACGAAAUGUGCACAAUUCUUCUGGACAAGUUUCCUUACCGAUAUGCUCAAAUAACAUAUUGCUACCAUUAAUGAUUCAUGCAUAUAGAUAGACCAUAUAGUUCUUUAUAAAUAUAUAAUAUGUAGUUAUUAGUUUUGGACAUUCUUUCUGUAUCAUAGACAAUUCCAAUUAAUAUUAUGAAAAUAUUAAUGUGUUUAGAAAUAAGUACAUU